AUGUUGAAGUUGAGGACUGACUCUAGUAUAGGAAGCACUUCCUAUGGACCGUCGAAAGCCACUUAUACUCCUCCACGAACCAUAUUUAUUGGCCGCACAGGGAAAGCCUUCUGGGUUGCGGAGCCAUUGAGGUUCACCGAACCAUUAGGAAAGAAGAUCCUCAUUUUGGACGCCGAUAGUCGGGAUCUUGAUGGCCCUCAAGGUCUUUUGAGCAAGGUUCCAUUGAACGCGACUGGACUUCCUCCGGAUAUCAGUGGAAGACUCAACCAUUACAUGUUUGCAAUGAUCCAUGGCUACGACUACCGACUAGUUCAGAUCCCCAGGGCAGUCGGGCGAAGUGGAACAUGGAUCAAAGUCACCGCCAUCAAAGAAGCGUUGGAACACUACGAAUACGUUGUAUUCAUGGAUGCAGACGCCAUGAUGCCGUACCCCAAUCUACCCAUGGAAUGGCUAUUCAACUACUGGGAGAUCACUCCGGAGACUCUGGUUGCCAUGGCGCUCGAUCCAGAAGCACCUCACAACCUUGAUUGGAACGGCCGGACAUUUCUCAACACUGGAUUUAUUAUUGCCCAGCAAAGCCCUCGCACCCAUGAACUCUUUGAGGCGUGGGACGCUUGUCCCACUGAAACGCGCUAUCCAGACUGCGCUAAAUGGGGCCGGGAAUGGCCACAUGAGCAAUCUGCAUUUGGGAACCACGUCAGAUCGGAGGACAUUCGAGUCCUAUCUUGUGCAGAGGCAAAUGGGUGCCCAGGGGUCGCAGCUACUGGAUGUGUCGGGGAGUUGGUGAGGCAUUAUUGGGGUGACAAGAGGUCGCUGCCAGCUGGUGUAGGGGAUGCGGUCUUGCAGUACUUUUUGCCGCAGUUGCAUGGGACUUUCUAUCACAAUUCUCGGACUUUGGUGGUGAAUAGGACUGAGCGUGCAUUUGUAUGA